AUGUCUGAGCCGAGGGAUACCCGCAUCCCCAACUCCGACGCUGCAGAUCUCUGGGGACCAGUCGUCAAAAUCAUCAUUAAAUCAGGGGACAACAAGCAAAUUAUCAAUGUCCACAAGGCUCUCCUAUGCUCGAGCUCAGCCUUCUUCCAGAAAGCCACAAAACCAGAAUGGGCGAGCUCUCGCGACGACCCCGACGCCAUCGAAGUUGAAUCCGCGCUAGACAUCUUCCAGAGUUACGUGCACUGGUUUUACAAGGGAACUAUUCCCCGCCCAUCGACCAGGUUUCGGUACACAGAUCAUGUGUUCCUAGCAGCGCUCUAUACACUGGGCGAAGAGCUCACGGACACUAAGUUCAAGAACGCUGUUGUUGACACCAUGAUCUACGCCACUGACAAAUAG